AUGUGUUCAAUAAGUGAGACAUUGAUUGCACGCCUAAUACUGACCAUUCAUUUCACACAUUCAUACCUUUCAUCCCAUUAUCUCAGACCCGAUGCGAGCCGUAUAGAGACCGUCGGCGCCGAAAGAGCGGCCGCCGAAUGGCUGCUUAAAAACGGGGCAUCAGUUAAGUGGACACAAAGUAACCAAUGGAUCAAAGACUAUAACACAUUGGCUCUCGAAGAUGGCAAACACAGUAUCAAAGAGAUUGACGCCACCGACUCGUCCAUCACUCACAUCGGCUUUGAUCACCUCAAAGGUUUACAAUCAUUGGACACAUUUGUGAUCAAAAGUAACGGCUAUAUUGAGGACAAAGCGCUUGAAAUGUUAGGCAUUUGUAGCCAGAGUUUAAAACAUUUGGAAAUAAUUAGUUGUAUUGGAGUCACAGAUAAAGGUGUACUCAGUUUAACACAAUUAAAAAACCUAAAGUAUCUGAAACUCUUUGAUCUGCCAUCAGUUAGUGACAGAGAGAAGUGUUUAAAUCAUCUCAAGAGUGGUCUUAAUUGUGACAUUGAUUGGAAAGAAGUGAAACCACGGAAAUGAUUGUUUUCAAUACCGGUAAAAAACAAAGGUUUAAGAAAGAGAAAUACAAUAUUUAAUUAUAUAUUACUGUUAUUAAUACCACUAAUC